CUAUGGCGGCUUCAAAUGUUCUUACAAUACUGGUCGGCUCAUGUCUUCUUACUACAUUGUUGUGCAUUUGGAUAACUCCGGCGGCUUCUGCGCCGGCCGGCGGCGAUUACCGGGAGGCUUUAGGCAAAGCCAUUCUGUUCUUUGAAGGGCAACGGGCAGGGAAGCUGCCGGCGAACCAGAGGGCUAAGUGGAGAGGCGACUCGGCGCUCUCCGACGGCUCGCCGGAAAAGGUUAAUCUGGCCGGAGGUUACUAUGACGCCGGCGACAAUGUCAAGUUCGGUUGGCCAAUGGCGUUUACGACGAGCCUGUUGAGUUGGGCCGCCGUUGAGUAUGGCGCCGGCGUGCAGGCCGCCGGCGAAAUGGAAAAUCUCCGGGCGGCGAUCCAGUGGGGGACGGAUUUCUUGAUCAAUGCUCAUGCUUCUCCGACGACACUCUACACUCAGGUUGGUGAUGGGAAUAAAGAUCACGAGUGUUGGGAGAGGCCGGAGGAUAUGGACACGGACCGGACGCUGUACAAGGUGACGGAGGCGUCGCCGGGGAGUGAACCGGCGGCGGACGCCGCCGCCGCACUUGCAGCGGCGUCAAUGGUUUUUAAACAGGGUGAUGCAAAGUACUCCCAGACCCUGCUGAGCCACGCAAAACAGCUUUUUGAAUUUGCAGACAAGCAUCAAGGAUCUUACAAGUCAUCCUGCCCAUUCUAUUGCUCCUACUCUGGUUUUCAGGAUGAGUUGCUUUGGGCAGCUGCUUGGCUUUACAAGGCUACUGGAGACAACACUUAUCUGAACUAUUUAUCGACCAAUCAGGGGUGGUCUCAAUCUGUUUCUGAAUUCAGUUGGGACAACAAAUUUGCAGGAGCUCAAGCCUUGCUAGCAAAGGAAUUUCUUGCAGGAAAGCAAAGCCUGUCGAAGUACAAGCAAGGUGCAGAUUCAUUUGUCUGCUCGUUGAUUCCUGGGAGUGGUUCUGCUAGUUUCAAGACAACCCCUGGUGGGCUUCUAUUCUUCAGGGACGCCAGCAACCUGCAAUACACUGCAUCUGCUUCCAUGGUCCUUCUUUCCUACGCUAAUACCCUCGCCGCCGCACGCGCCGACGGCGUUCAGUGUGGAUCCACGAAAUUCCCCGCCGACAAGAUCAGAUCCUUUGCCCAAUCCCAGGUCGACUACAUUCUGGGAAACAAUCCGAUGAAAAUGUCGUACAUGGUCGGAUUUGGGAACAAAUUUCCUACCCAGUUACAUCACAGAGGCUCGUCGAUUCCUUCGAUCCGGUCCAAUCCAAACAAAAUCGGCUGCAACGACGGAAAAUCCUGGUUUUCUUCCCAAAAGCCGAAUCCGAACAUUCACGUCGGCGCCAUUGUCGGAGGGCCCGAUUCCAACGACCGUUACCCAGAUUCGAGAUCCGAUUACGCGCACGCGGAACCCACGACUUAUAUAAACGCAGCUUUUGUCGGCUCCGUCGCGGCGCUGCUCGGACAAAGUAAACCUGCGGGUUUACACAUGGGACCGUUUGGUGGUGCUGAUUAUGACCGGUCCGACAUGAUCGACUACUGA